AUGUCUUCAAAAACAUUGAGGAGAAGACUCCAUCACGGGGAUGUCGAUGGCAAAAGGAAGGAUCAUUUGGAUACUUCGGAGUUAGAUUCUUUGAAUGAGCCUUUGUUGGGGGGUGAUGAUUAUAUUGAGAACAAGAAGAUAUGUACACUUGAAGAUUUGUGGGAUGAUGAGAGGAAAAAGGCGCAAAUUCAUUGGACAUUCUUGUUUUCGAACCUUAUUGCGCAAUGGGCACAGUGGUUAGCGAACGUUGUAAUAGGGUCUGGGUCUCUUCUUGGCCGUCUUUUAUCUCUUCCUUCUAACGCACUUUACUUGCAUAAUAAUAGGAUGCUGGCUCCACCUCUUAGCCCUGUGCAGGAAGAAAGACUAAGAAACUUACGACAACGGCUUGAAAUCCCUUUUGAUGGUUCUAAAACAGAGCACCAAGAAGCUCUUUUAUUAUUGUGGAGAUUGGCUUAUCCCGACAGGGAGCUUCCUUCACUUAAGUCAGAUCUUUGGAAGGAAAUGGGAUGGCAAGGUUCAGACCCAUCAACAGAUUUUAGGGGUGGAGGAUUUAUAUCAUUAGAGAACCUCAUCUUUUUUGCGCAGAAGUAUCCAGCUUCAUUCCAGCGAUUAUUGCUUAAACAAGACGGAGUCAGAGCAGAGUGGGAAUAUCCAUUUGCAGUAGCUGGAAUCAAUAUUUCAUUUAUGUUGGUGCAGAUGCUGGAUCUUCAAUCAGUUCAUCCAUCUUCUUUGUCAGGAAUCUAUUUUCUACGGCUGCUUGAGGAGGAUGAAAUGGCAUUUGAUAUCCUUUUCUGCAUUGCCUUUCAAAUGAUGGAUGCUCAGUGGCUAGCAAAGCGUGCUACAUAUAUGGAGUUUAACGAUGUUUUGAAGUCAACGAGAACGCAGUUAGAGCGGGAGCUUGCUCUUGAAGACAUCUCCAGUAUAAAAGAUUUACCUGCUCACAACAUGUUGUGA